AAUGCGUAUUCGCCAACAAUUGAAUUUCUAAUGCUGCGAAUCUAACAAAUUGUGCUUUUUUUAAGAGACGCUUCACUUUUUAUUAUUCUUUACAUUUCUCACUUAAAAUAAUUUUUUUUUUAUUUUUGUGAGUUCACUUGUAAUAAAAAUGGGCAAGGAUUAUUAUAAAAUUUUAGGUGUUAGCAAAAAUGCAACUGAUGUUGAUUUAAAGAAGGCAUAUCGUAAAUUAGCAGUCAAAUGGCACCCCGAUAAACAUACGGAUCAAAAUGAAAAAGCUAAGGCUGAAGAAAUGUUCAAAGAUAUUGCCGAAGCAUACGAUGUUCUUUCUGAUAAAGAAAAACGAGAUAUUUAUGAUACGUACGGUGAAGAAGGAUUAAAGGGAGGUGCAGGUCAAACGGAUGCAGGGGGAACUCGUGAUGGAUCAACACAUUUCUUUUAUUCUGGACCCGACCCAGAAAAAAUAUUUUCGAGCUUUUUUGGUUCCGAUAAAUCAGGUUUUAACAUGUUUUUUGAUGACGACUUUCCCAUGUCAUUUGGUGUUGGAUCAACAUCGAAAAUGUUUCGCUCUUCUGGAGGUGGUAUUCCAUUUAAUACGCGCUCUGGUGCUUCCACAUCCGCGUUUGGAAAUAUGGCAGCAAAAGACUCACGUGAAGGCCCCAAAAAAUAUCAAAUUGAUCUUAACGUUACACUAGAAGAAAUUUAUACCGGAGCUAAAAAAAGACUUAAAGUUACCAGAACGCGAUGGAACAAGGAUCAGGCAUAUAAGGAAGAUAAAAUUUUAGAAGUCGAAAUUAAACGCGGUUGGAAAGACGGAACAAAAAUAACGUUUCAAGGAGAAGGAGAUCAGGAAGCUCCUCGUUCUCGUCCAGGAGACAUGAUUUUUGUAAUAAAAACGAAACAUCACGAAAAUUUUGUCAGAGAUGGACUUCACCUCAUUCAUAAAAUACAUGUUUCACUUGUUCGGGCUCUUACAGGUUUUAUAGCACCCAUCAGAACGUUAGAUAAUAGAGUUAUUAAAGUUAAGGUUGACGAAAUAGUUAAUCCUAAAACUCGAAAGAUUGUCCCAAAUGAAGGUUUAACAUCUUCCAAGUCUACGGGAGAAAAAGGAGAUUUAAUUUUAGAAUUUGAACUGAUUUUCCCAAAACAACUAACAGAUGAGCAAAAAUCUCACCUUAAACGUAUUUUACCUGACGGUGAUAAAGGAUUCCGUUGAUACAAUACCAUUUUUAAAAAAUAUAUAUAUUCGUUAGCAUACAGUAUGAUGUUUUUUUAAAAAGAAAAACGUUUCGCUUUUUACUACUAGUGUAAACUACAAAAAAUUUCCACAAACGUUAAUAAAAACAAGUUAUCUAUU